GUCCGCGGUGCUGAACCGGAGCCGCUGCCGCUGGGAACGGAACCGGGGAUCCAUUGGGAGGCUCUGCCGGUACCGGGACUGGCACUGGGACCGCUCAUAGAGAGCAACCGGGAGCCGGUGAGGACCCCGCGCUGGGACUGGGAGCAGAACGGCGCACGGAUCGGUACCGGGGACUGACUGGAAUUAACCGGGAGCCACCGGGAGCGGAACUCAGCGCCGGAGCCCCCCCUGCAGAGAUUGGGGAGGCAGCGGGGGGCGCCCCGAGAUCGUCGUGAGCCCCCCCACCCCGAGCGGGCACGAUGCCCCCCCCCGACCGCCCUCUCCGCAGCGCCGCUCUCCUCCUCUCCAUCGCCCUCCUGGCCCAGAGCCGCCCGCAGCCCCCCCCACAAAAAAACCCCCUCAUCCGCGAGGGCGGGGGACCCUUGGGAGGACCUGGAGCCCCCCAGCGACGGGGACAACGUGAAGGACGUGGGCGCGAAGCGAAGCCGCGGCGGAUCCCCGACGGAAACGUGGAAAGAGUUGGAAGAAUUGGGCAAACUCCGCGCGGAGGCCAAGAAAAGGGAACGGGAACGGGAAAGGGAACGGGAGCGGGGCCGGGGCUGGGCGAGCGCGCGGCAGCUGCGGCAGCAGCAGAGCCUGGAGCUGAAGCUGCUGGAGCGGCGCUACCAGGAGCUGAUGGAGAGCCGGCGGCAGGCGCAGGCGGCCAGGAAAGCGGCCGCCGAGGAGGAGCGGCUGGCGGAUAUGGCCUCAGAUCUCCUCCUGCGGUACCUCCUGCACGGCCCCGGAGCGGAGGGGAAGCGGUCGGAGGAGGAGGAGGAGGAGGAGGAGGAGGAGGAGGAAGUCGGGGAGAGGGAGAGGAAGGGGGCGUGGGGGGGGGAGGGGGUACGCGGCGGGGAGGGGCUUCCCUGAGGAGAAGGGGUUUCCGAUGGGGAAGGCGUCAAUGGGCAACGGACUGUCAAUGGGCAACGGGUUAUCGAUGGGCAAAGGUUUAUCAAUGGGCGACGGGUUAUCAAUGGCGGGGAAGGAAUUCCCCAUGGAGAAGGAGUUUUCAAUGGGGAAGGGGUCCUCGGUGAGUAAGAAAUUCUCAGCGGGCAACGGGUUGUCCAUGGCCAAGGAAUCGUCCAUUGAUAAGGAACUGUCAACGGGAAAGGAAUUCCCACGGGGUAACGGCGCCUUAUCAAUGGGGAAAGGGUUCCCUACGGUCAACGAGAUCCCGAUGGACAGUUGGGCCGCAAUGGACAAUGAGGUCUUAGUGGGGAAGAAGAUCCCAACGGGGAAGAAGAUCCCAACAGCCACCACGAGGUUCCCGAUGGCCAACCAGAUCCCGAUGAUGGCCAACCAGAUCCCAAUGAUGGCCAACCAGAUCCCAAUGAUGGCCAACCAGAUCCCGAUGAUGGCCAACCAGAUCCCUGUGGACGAAGGCCCCGUGGAUGAAGGCCCCAUGGCCAACCAAAUCCCCGGGGACGAUGAGGCGGCGCCCACCCACGGCCGCAGCCCCACCCACAGCCGCUUCCCUUCGGGUGCCAACCACCCGCCGCUCCUCGGCCCCCCUGUGGCCGCCCGCGCCCCGCCCCCCGCCGCCCCCGACCCCCUCCCGUUGGCCCAAGCCCUGGCAGCGGCGCUGCCGGCGGCUCCCGAUGACGACGACGGCGACGCCGGGUUGGACCCCGGGACCAUCGAUCAGCUGAUCGAGCUGUCGAGCCGCCUGCACCUCCCUGCCGACGACGUGGUGGACAUCAUCCACGACGUGGAGCAGAAGCGCCAGGAGGAGGCGGCGGCAGCGGCGGCGCUGCCCAAUGACAUCAUCGAUGAUGACGUCACCGAGGAGGAGGAGGAAGAGGAGGAGGAGGAGGAGGGGGGGGAGGAGGGGGGGGAUGAAGCCGUGCCCCCGCCGCCCCUCCCCGCCCCCAGGCCCAGGACGUUCCGGACCCCGGCGGCACAGUGGGAGGGGAGGAGGUGGUGAGGGGUCCCGGCCCCCAUCCCACCCCACAGCCCCACUGCUCCCAGUCCCCCACUCCCAAUCCCAGUCCCCCAAUCCCAAUCCCAGUCCCCCAAUCCCAAUCCCCCAAUCCCAGUCCCGUUCUCCCAAUCCCAAUCCCGGUCCUCCAAUCCCAGUCCUCCCAAUCCCUCAAUCCCACUCCCAAUCCCACCCCCCCCCUCCCCACACACAGACGCCCCCUCGUUAAUUUUGCUAACAAAUAAAGGCAACUAUUUUAGUA